ACGUUUCUUCGUUCAGUCGCCUGAUUUUCAGUAAAAAUCAAAACAUUCCGCACAUUCGCAACAUUUCUUUCUCCGUAAGUUGAUAAAAGUUCAUUAAAGUAACCGGAAACCGUUGAUUCCGAAGUUCCAAUAAUGGCCACUACUCGAGUAAAAACACGCGAGUCGAAAACUGGAGAGCUGAUCGCGUACAGUGAAACUGCCAUCCGGAACAACGCCUCCGCCGUGGAGUACUGCCGAACGUCGAUGGCUGCUCUGUCCGGAAGCACGGCUGGUGUUCUCGGACUGACCGGAAUAAUCGGAUUCCUGUUCUAUGUGCUGGCCGUUCUCGGUCUCUGGUGUAUGCUGCUGCUCAAGUCCGGCUCCAAUUGGCAGAAAUAUUUCAUCACCCGGAAAAGCCUGCUGACCAACGGGUUCCUCGGAGGGCUCUGCACGUACGUACUAUUUUGGACAUUCCUCUACGGUAUGGUUCAUGUGUACUAGGAGAUGGGAUUGUACAAGGCGGGCGGAAUUCUAUUUAUAACGGGAGGGAUCAUAAUAGCUUGUGGGGUCUAUUGCAAUUUUUCGCUUUCGAGAAGUGAAAGGAAUCCAAAAAGCAACGCGGUAGCAUGGCCGUAAUUUGUUUCAUAAUAAAUUUAAUUGAAAUUUACCGGUA